CGCUGCCACAAAUGUGGAUCCAGAAGGGUUAACAGGAAGCACAAAGAGGACUGUCGAUUGGUGUUUUGGGAAAAGCAUCAGUGGGAGUAGCAGAAAGGAUUUUGCAUCUGUUUUUGUUGUUGAGCAACAUCAGACAACAUUCUCAAAAGGAGAUAACAAAGAGGUAAGAACUUAAUAGGACUAAUAUACACUGUUGAUGUAAACAGAAUUAAUGAGACUAAGUGUGGUCAGUUUGAGGUGUCCAAGUGGAACCUACAGCCACAGAGAAAUGGAAGGGACACAAAUGAAGAAAGAGGACGAUGACAAGAAGGAGAAGACAGAAGAGGAGGUGGUGCACCUUCGGAGAGAGAUUGGCCUGCUGUCUGCGGUGUCCUUCAUCAUUGGCACAGUGGUGGGCAGUGGGAUCUUCAUUGCACCCAAGGGAGUCCUGAUGAACAGUGGCAGCGUGGGGCUGUCUCUGCUGGUGUGGGCGCUGUGUGGGGUCCUCUCCAUGUUUGGGGCCCUGUGCUAUGCUGAACUGGGCACCAGUUUUAAAAAAUCAGGGGGCCACUACACUUAUCUACUGGAGACACUGGGGCCACUGCCUGCCUUUUUACGACUCUGGGUUGAGUUCUUAUUCAUCAGGCCAGCUGUAGCUUCCUAUGUCUCUCUGGCUUUUGGCCGCUAUGUGGUGGAGCCGUUCUAUGCACCUUGUGCUGCUCCCAUGGUGCUAAUCAAGCUUGUCAGCAUCCUCGGAGUGACAUUUGUCGUGGCAGUCAACUGCUGGAGUGUGACCUUGGCCUCUCGCACUCAGGUCACCUUGACUUUCAUUAAGAUGUUUGCUCUGGUCCUCAUUAUCGUCCCUGGUAUCAUUGCGCUGGCCAAAGGAAAAACUGAGAAUUUCCAGAAUGGAUUUGAGAUUGACUCAUUAACACUGGAUAGACUGCCACUGGCCUUCUAUAAUGGCCUAUAUGCCUACGGUGGAUGGUUUUAUCUGAACUUUGUCACAGAAGAGGUCAUAAACCCAAAUAGAACCAUCCCACUGGCAAUAAUCCUCUCCAUGGUGACUGUGACGAUCUUUUAUGUGCUUGUUAAUGUGGCCUACUAUACCAUGAUGACUCCCGUUGAGCUGCUGCUUUCUGAUGCUGUGGCUGUGACGUUUGCGAACCGUGCUCUCCAGGGAUUGGCAUCUGUGAUUCCCAUUCUUGUGGCCCUAUCCUGCCUUGGAGCACUUAACGGUGGCUUCUUUGGGUCACCGAGGAUGCUGUUCGUGGGAGCCAGGGAGGGCCACUGGCCCCCUAUCUUUUCCAUGAUUCACAUCCGCAGAAAUACACCUUUGCCCGCUGUGCUGUUACUGUAUCCCUUGGUGGUGUUGAUGUUAAUUACUGGAGAGAUCUAUCAGCUCAUCAACUUUGCAUCCUUUGCUCGCUGGUUUUUCAUCGCCUUGGCAACCUUGGGGAUGCUCAUCCAUCGAUAUCGCUUUCCCCUUCACCCAAGACCUUUCAAGGUGCCCCUGGCCAUCGCAGUCACCUUCACAGUAGUUUGCUUCUUCAUCGUGGGUCUGUCUCUGUACUCGGACCCCUGGAACACAGGACAAAGCUGUGCUCUCACACUGACUGGGGUCCCAGUGUACUAUGUGACUGUAUACCGCUUUCGCUUGCCCCAUAGAUGGAGACGAAUCUUCAACUACUGUAGCAAACAGCUGCAGAUCCUUCUUGAAGUGGCUCAACAGGAGGUCCAGACAUACUGAAGACCCCAAAGACCGCUUUCUUCUGACAGACUUCCUGGAUACCACUUUAACUAUUCCUAGAACCUUUUAUUGUUUACAGUAUAAACCAGUGUGUUUUAAGUGUCCAUUUUGAUACUAGGAAAUUUCGAGAAAUUGGAAAAAGGUAGUGUAAGAUUUUACUUACAAAAUAGGAUAUUAAGACUGAAUUAAGGUGAAUUGUCAGACACGCUGUGCCAGUUUUUAACAGCCAUUGCCACUGGAACAUGAGGUACAUUUCUUAUCAUUAUCAUUUUUAUUUUUACAAAUUUCUGUAAGAACCAAUAAAUUAAUUUUUUUUUUUAUCAGAGACAAUCUAUAAAUGGCUUCAACCUUUAUUCAAAUAUAAAUAAAAAUAGGCAACCUUGCCAUGUAGUUUUUUCAGAUACAAUACACUUUAGGUUGUCUAUUUACAUUGAUUAAAUGUGAGCAGAGCAAGGCAAAUCAAAGCAUGCUUAUAGUCAAAAACAUGACCUUAAUGUUUGAGAUGCCAACACAACAGAUUUAUUGUUGUCAGAAAUACCAACUUUAGAACACACCAAGGCACAUGCUUUGAAAAACAUUUGCUACAACCCCUUUUCACACUUGCCUGCCAUUCUGUACCAAAUGUAAAGAACUCACUGCAAUGCACAGCCUAUUACAAACAUGAAGAAAUGAUUAAAGCCAUACAUUAUUUUGUGGCUUUUUUCAAAAAUGGGUAUACAUGUCCCAUUCUAUCCUCAAACUAUGGUGAUAACAUGAGGAGUCACUGCAUGGAAAAUGUACCUCUCUGCAGGUACAAAGAGCCCCCUAAGCUGAUACUGGCACACAGAUGAACAAUUACUGUAAGGAUUUAUAAAGUCAAAAGGUGAAGACAGUUCUACCAUUAAUGUACAUCGACAAUUCUACUGCGGUUAGUGCUAUUUUUAUUACUUGCCAUUGUUUAUUGCUAAACAAUCCUGCAUCACAAUCUAAAAGUCGAUUCCAGGAGGCCGCCUGAAUAAAAUGGCACUGGGUUAUCAGGCAAUAUAUCGUCUUUCCAUUUACAUAUGUAAAAGCUAAAUUAUAUAUUAAAAUGUGCAAAUCAACAUACAUAUUUCUCUUCUCCAGCGAUUCCUUCAAGAGUACAGACAGUUAUGACAUGUAGAAUAAAU